AUGUCGGACACGACAUCAUAUCAUUUUGGUUAGUACCUUUAAAGUAUGAUGACUUCAUACAUUCGCACGUGCUUUAUAGCCGCCUUAGUUUCGGUCCUUUCACUGCUCCAUGCAGCGUCUGGUGAUGACUCUCAACUGCGUCUAGAACUAUCUGAUCUGCUAGCCCGCAAUGCGCUGGCGAUGGACAGAUUGAGGGCAGAGUGUAAAGGAUAUGAAAAUUUCGGGGCCCCCUUUGCUCCUACAUCUAAUGUGGUUGUUGGCAGACGACAGACCACCGGCGUGGAUAUACAGUUGUUAGUGGAUAUUGGGUAUCAGAAGGCAGUGAACGAACACCUGCUAAAGCUUUAUGGCAACUGUACUAGACAUACUACGACCCCAAAACCAUCUACUACUACAACAGUGAUUACGACAACAACAACAUCAUCAACGCCGUCUACGACAACUGCUCAUCCAGUGGAAUCCUGUAUGGACAAGACAGAUUGCUCUAGAUACACAAAUGAUAUCUGCAUCCAGUUUUUAAAGUGGAGCGCAGAUUACUGCAAAUUCUUCUGUGGAUUUUGCGGUUGUUCAACGUUGGUGGCUGAUGUUGCCUUUAUAUUAGAUGCUUCAGGAAGCGUCGGCAGUGCCAAUUUUAAUAAAAUGAAGGAUUUCGUUCGGAAUUUUGUCAGUUCGUUUAAUAUCGGCAACCAGCAUGUUCAGAUAGCCUUAAUUCAAUACAGCAGCAGAUCCACCAUCGAGUCCUAUUUCAGCAAUGCGUCUUCAAAGGCAGAAGUAUAUCGAACCAUAGACCAGAUACAGUACAUUUCUGGAGGCACCAAUACUGGUGAAGCCAUCAGAGAUAUGUGGCAGAAUCUGUUCAGUGCCAAAAAUGGCGCGCGCCUUGGGGCCAUCAAGAUCGGCAUUGUUAUCACUGAUGGGCAAUCCAGCGACAUGUCUCUUACCACAAACGAGGCCAAGAAUGCUAGAGAUAGGGGUAUCAACAUGUUUGCUAUUGGAGUGGGAGUAAAUAUCAAGACAACGGAAUUAAAUAGUAUAGCGUCUGACCCUGAUAAUCGACACGUAUUCUCAGUAUCAAGCUUCGCAGAUUUUGCCUCCAUACAAGCGGAUUUUACAUCGGGCAUAUGCAAAGGUUGUGCAAUGUUAGUGGCUGAUGUUGCCUUUGUAUUAGAUGCAUCAGGUAGCGUCGGCAGUGCCAAUUUUAAUAAAAUGAAGGACUUCGUUCGGAAUUUUGUGAGUUCGUUCAUUAUUACCAACCAGCAUGUUCAGAUAGGCCUUAUGCAGUUCAGCAGCAGAUCCACCAUCGAGUCCUAUUUCAGCGAUACUUCAACGAAAGAAGAAGUUUAUCGAGCCAUAGACCAGAUACAGUACCUUUCUGGAGGCACCAAUACUGGUGUCGCCAUCAGAGAUAUGUGGCAGAAUCUGUUCAACGACAAAAAUGGCGCUCGCCUUGGGGCCAUCAAGAUCGGAAUUGUCGUCACUGAUGGACAAUCCAACAACAUGUUGCUAACUACAGCAGAGGCAAAGAAUGCCAGAGACCAGGGUAUUACCAUGUUUUCGAUUGGCAUUGGAAAUGGAAUUAAGGUGACGGAAUUACAGAGUAUUGCAUCUGAUCCUGAUAGCCGACACGUGUUUGUAAUAGCAAGCUUUGCAGAUUUUGCCUCCAUACAGGCAGAAUUUGCACGUGUCAUUUGCAAAGGUUAAUGCCGACAGACGAUAAGCAUGGUCACAAUGAAAGUUCGAGGACUUUUUGGUUGCGUUUAGAUGACUUAUGGAAAAGUAUGACUAAGUGCCUGAUAAAUAAGUUUAAUGAGAUUGUUUGACAUCCAGUAAGGUCAAUAAAAAUCUGCAUGGUA